AUUUUCAGCUAGUGUAGAUGGAAUGACUUCCAUAGAAUCUCCAAAAGCACGAACGCAGUAGGAUUCCAUCCUACUCAAUGUUCGUGAAUAUUCAGUUAACCGCAGGGCCAAUUCUAUCCCUGGAGUACCACCUCCUGCAAUAAGAGCUCUCUUCUUCACUAAACAGCGAAUAACACAUAGGGCAUCAUGAAUAGAGUGCUCAGCUUCUUUAAUCACCAAUUUGUUAGAUCCACCAACAACAAUUCUGUUUUUCCCUGGGCUUGUACAGCCUGUAAUCUUAAGCAGUUUGCCAGAAUCAUUUAAAUUGACCUCCUCAGCUAACUCAGCUGAUCCCAGCAUGUCAGCAGUGAAUUGGUCAAUAUGAGAGCAACUGGCUUGGUUCCAAUUGUCAUAAAAAUGAAUUCAGUGUCUUAUCUUUCAAUAUCCUUAACCACCAUAAUCUUCAUCUUGUUCAGGAAAUGUAAUGCAAGAUCACUAAGAGCAUCUCUCAGGAUAGAUUUCUGUAUGAGGAGGACAUUACAACCUGUUUUUUAAUUUGCUUCACUAAAUUGAGAAUAUAAGCUCUCUCCUCCCGAAGCACUUGAUCCAUCUGGACGUAGUCAGAAACUACAAUUUGAUUAUCCAUAUCCGUUUUGGGAGCAGAUAAGCAAAACUGAAUAAGCCCAAUCUUAGCCUUUUCAACUCUGGUUAUGCCAGAAUUUGCCACCUUCUGAGUAAGUACCAGCCCUUCCACCAGCUCACAGUCAUCAAUUGUCCCACCAAGUUUCUUAACUAUUUUAAUGUCUCUAAGAUCUACACUAGUGGCGGUGGCUGGGUCAAUCACUUUCAUCACUGCAUUUACACUCAUUGGAGAAAGCAGACUGAAUACUGAGACACAACCUUUGAGUUCAAGGAAGUGGUAGCACUAUUUAAUAAAGUUUCUCUGUCACUCAGUUCCACAGGUCGAGACAUGUCAGUCAAGAUUUCUAUACCCUGGUCGGCAUCCGGGAAGCCAGCGGCCCCGCCUCUCCGCAGCUGCAGGCGCUGGUUUAAAGGCGGUGGCAGGAAGCCCGUGCGCGGUUGGUGUCGUCGCCCUCGCGCCCGCUCGGAUUUUUCAUAGUCAGAAUUAACCAAACAAAAUAAGCCAAGAUGUCCGUGGACCUGAUGACCUAUGAGGCCCAGUUCUUCCGCUUCACAGUGCAAACUUGCAUGCUGAGAAUCUACAUUGCAUUUCAAGACUACCUAUUUGAAGUGAUGCAGGCCGUCGAACAGGUCAUUCUGAAAAAGCUAGGUGACCUCCCAGGCUGUGAGAUCAACCCUGUCCAGGUUCGUAAAUGCACAGAGAAGUUCCUCGGCUUCAUGAAGGGACGUUUUGAUAACCUUUUUGGCAAAAUGGAGCAGCUGUUUUUACAGUUGAUUCUGUGCAUUCCCCCAAACAUUUUGCUUCCAGAAGACAAACCCCAGGAGCUGCAUCCUUGUAGUGAGGAAGAGUUCCGGCUCCUCCAGGAGGAAAUUGAACAGUUACAGGAGAAGUAUAAGACCGAAUUAGGCGCUAAGCAGGCCCUUCUCGCAGAAUUAGAGGAACAAAAAAUUAUGCAGGCCCAACUUAAGCAGACUCUGGUUUUGUUUGAUGAACUCGAAAAUGCUGGCCAAGAUCACGGGACUAGUGAUUUCAGGGAAAGCCUGGUGUUCCUGGUCCAGAACUCCAGAAAACUACAGACUAUUAGGGACACUAUGGAACGGGAAGGCAAGAGAAUGAAAAUACUGUAAUUUCUAAGUAGUGACAGGAACCCGUCAGAAAGUAGAAUAGGAAGGGAUUGAUGUGAAUGAUAUUCUGGUGAACUGAAUUUUCUUACGGGAUUUCAUUUAUUGGCUCUUUCUUGUACUCCGCACUUCCCUCUGUCUGGCCACACUCUGCUAGGGCAUCUACACUACCCUGAACUAAUCCUUUGAGCCCAUGUUCCCUAGAGACCUCUCACAGGUGGGAAAGGGUUCCUGGUCCAGCAGCAUGUCACCGGGCACCAGGACUGCAGCAGCAGAGCCCUCCUGGGCUGGUCAGAGAGAUCUGUAAAAGCAGUCCCUUGAUCAGGGGCUCCUUGUAACCUUGAUCCUUCUAACUUAUUCUUUGGAUGCGAUCAAAUGAGAAAAAGGUUAAGUGGGCGGCUUCGUUAGGAACCAGCGACUGCAUGGCCGGAUGGGUGCUGGCACCACCCGUGGCCUGCUCUCGUCCACGAAUUGCCUUACACAACAAGUUAACCGAUAGGAAGAAGCAAAUAGAGAAACACCACCCGUGUGAUCCUUAGUAAAGAGGAGAGAAGUUGUUUUCGUUCCUAAAAUAAAUGCUUUCUGUGAUCAUGGUGUUGGAGAUGUGGAGCUGUUUGCUCUGUGGGAGCCUGGUUGGGAAGACCAUGGACACAGAAGAGGCAAGUGUGACUGGAGUGGAGGGGCAAGCCUAGAACAGCCGGGAGCAAAGUAUCUGAACUGACCACUAGGUAUUUAUGUCAUUUUCCUCCCAUACUUUAGUUUUGCCUUGUCCCUAAUAUUUUUAACUUACUUAUUCAUACUCCUACGCAUCAAAUAUUUAGUACCCACAGUGCGAAAUUUUAGCUGCCUCAUACUUGGAUUUAGUGGAAUCUAAUAUUUUCUUCUGAAAUUAAUCCAUGGAAGUGUUAUAUCACCCAGAAAAAGAGCAGAAUAUCAGUAGCUGCUCCUACGGUGUUGCUUACUUUCCAUGUCUUCCAAAAGAACGGGAUUUCGAGUUUCUCCUUUAUGUAGAAGAGUAGCUCAGGGCGUUAAUACUUGGAAUUAAAUAUUCAUAGAUUUAA